UCCUUUUUGUGUAACUGUAAGUUUCUAUGCUCAAUCUGAUACACGCUCAUCAUCAUCAUGACGAUUUACAAAGAUAAAUACUCCAGGAAAUUCCGUGCAAGAUAUUCUGGAAGAUCAUGUCUCCAGCAUCCAACCAAGACACUUUCUUCCCCAACUCAAUCGAAAAGUCCACACCUGAAAACACCCAUCACGAUGCACAUCCAGAAUCUCAUCUCCUCCUCCUUUCUUCUGCUCCUUUCCUUCCCUAUCUCCACGACCGCAACAACACCACGCCCCCCCUAUCCCAACCGCACCCUAGCCGGCAUAACCAUGAUCGACACCCCCAUCGUCCGCGACGCCCAAGCCUACGCCCGACGCUACUGCUCCGACUCAACCUACAACCACAUCAUGCGCUCCUGGCUCCUCGGCCUCCUCCACCUCUCCCACGACCCCGCCCUCGCCUCCAAAAUCGACCUCGAAGUCCACGCCCUCGGCCUGAUCCUCCACGACCUGGCAACCAACCACUCCCUCUCCGCCCCCUUCGUCACCCCCAACCGGCGCUUCGAAGUUGAUUCUGCCAUUGCAGCAGCAGAUUUCAUCCGUUCACACCCCGACGGGAAAAAAUGGCCGGGGUGGCGGGUUCAGAGGGUGUGGGAUGGGAUUGCGUUGCAUGCCGAGCCCGGGUUGGCGUUGUAUAAAGAGGCGGAUGUUUUUGCGAUAUAUUGGGGUAAUGAAUUGGAAUUUUCGUGGGAGAGGCCCGGGGGAGAGAGGAAGGGGGUGACGGCUGAGGAGAGGGAGAGGGUGUUGCAGGAGUUUCCCAGGCCGACGUUGGAGGAGGGGGGGAGGGGGAAUGUGUUUGCUUUUGUGGCUUGGUAUUGUAAAUACAAGCCGGAGAGCACUUAUAAUACUUGGAUGCAGCCGUUUGGGGAACUGCUGGUGCCGGGUUAUUCGGCGGUGGGACAUCGGGUUAUUGAUGGGAGUUUGGCUGCUGUUGGAUUGAAUAUGAGUGAGAUUCUCAAGUGAUGUGUGACAACGAACGGACACAGUGGUGGCUACUUGGUGAGUAUUGUUGUUGAUAUUAUCUUGACUCUUUGUUAUUGCUCUCGUUUGGUCGUUUCAUAGCACAGGUAGUCAACUAGAAUUCAUGACCUC